AUGACACCCUCUCGACGUGUCAUCACCUUCUACAGCCCACUCGCCCACUUGACUGGGUGUGCGACGGCCAAGACGACUAAGGGAUCGUGCUCGAAUGGAUGGAGCUGCGCGGCACGGUGCUGGGAGGACUCGCUGGCGGUUCAGGCUGAGCGAGGCGAGCGGUGCGACUUGACGUUCAGAUUGGCCAAAACAGACCGGAAUCCUUCACCUGAGCAAGACGGUGAGACGUCCGCGAAGUGGUUUGCCGCCUCAUCACCGCUCGACGAGCCCAAGCCUUGCGCACAUCCCGCCGCUCCUCAUCUCAUGGAGGCAUGCUCGCCGUCGACGCUCAAGCUGGCUCACUCGUCAAAGACUCGCGGUCUCUCGCGUCGCACUCUCAAGCUCGCUUUCAAAGCAGCUCUCUCGCUCCACUUCAUCAAGACGAACCUCGCCCGCUUCCAGUCGGGCUCGGCCUCUUCUGCUUGCCUACACCACAUUCUUCGCAUCGACUUGUCGGCGAGCAAUUCGCUCUCCGCGUGCUCCUUCUCAUCCGUUCUCCAACUCGCUCGUCUCGCUUCCCCGCGCAUCAUACCGCCCCUUCCGAAUACAGCCGUCAAAAUGAUCGUUGCGGGCAUCACGAUCGCGUCAAUAAUCGACGUUCUAUCGACCAGCAAUCGUCACACCGCGCUCGAGAAAGCGCGGCAGAAGUACAUGGACGCGGACUGA